UCGGAUAUAAAGGGUCACUUGAAAUUACGCGUACAGUCCCUUUAAUGUCAUAUUUUUAUUGUUACUUGAGGAUUGUAUUAUCAGCUGGUCUGCUGGCCUGGUUGGACGGAAAAGUUUGUUCUACAUUAAGAUUGAUCUGACAAGACUUUAUUCUCAGCUCCUUCUUUCUAUAUUCUUUCAAACCUUUAUUCUUUGGAUUUUAGCAUAUCUGUCAUUUUUUAUCAAGGUUGAUGAUUUUACUGACCGGUAUAUGGGAGCCCUGACUGCUUUACUAGUGAUGGCCGCACUCUUGAGUUCAAGCAAGGAAAAUGUUCCCCCGACUUCUGGACUGAUAAUGAUUGAUGUUUGGUUUGUUUGGUUCAUUGCCAGUGUGUUCUUAAUCACAAUCAUUCAUAUCUUUAUCGAAAAAGCAGAAAACAGGCCGAUGAUGUGGAGUAGAAGGGUGAAACGAGUUAACCCCAAGGAAACCACUUUAUCCUACCAGCUCCAGGACAAGCUCAGGGCGAUGGGGAAAAAGGAACUUUAUAAUUUUCUUGCUCAAAUAGUAUUUCUCAUUAAGACAAUCGUGUUUCUAAUCAUCUAUGCUGGUUUGACUGUGUAUAAUGAUUGAUUUUCGACAAUCUUGUAAACAUGUAAAAAUUGUAACAAUCGUAUUUCUUAUCAUCUGCGCAAGUUUGACAGUAUCUGAUUGGAUAUUUAACCAUCAUUUAGAUCAAAAAGAUCGACGCUAGUCUGUGGUGUAUAAGGAUCGAUCAUGUUAUCAUCACGAUCGUCUUUCUGAUCAUAUAACCUAAUUAGACAGUGUAUGAUUGAUGAUCGCAACCAAACAGUUGUCUUUUCAAGCCUCUUCGCAAUUUUACAUUAUUGUAAUGAUCGAAAAUUUAAUGAUCAUGUAAUAAUCAUCCUUUUUUGAUCAAAAUGAAAGUUUGAUAUAUUGUGGCUGGAUUGCUUCUCAAAUAUAUUAGUAGCAAGUCAGUCAGCUUGUUUCAACUCACAAUUGAAUGUCUUAGCUAUUAGCACAAGUCCCAACGAGGGAGGUAAAGCAUUCUGCACCAGUUUUCACUCCGGACCGUAAAUUAUGCCUCAAAGUCAUUUUUUCGUCCAACCUACCCACGACAGAUGAGACUACAGUAACGAUUUAAAUUAACUGCUUUCUUAUAUUCAUGAUUUUCAUGCAAUUGUAAACUUAAUUUUUUCUGAAUACAAUCAUUAAAUAAG